AUGGCACAAAAAGCCAAAAAAGACCGCGCGAAAGCCAACAUCUCAGCUCUCAACACGCUUCACAUCACCGCCCUAACCCUCAACGCCGCUUUCAUCCUCUUCUCCCUCCUCAUCCGCCGGCGUUCCUUCCUCACUUACAUAAUUCUCUCCCUCCCCUCCUUAAUCGCGGAAUUCAUCCUCGAGACAAGUGGACGUCCAAAGUACGACGCCACUACCAAAGCGCUGAAGAGUGCUGGAGAAGAUUUGGCUGCGGAGGGACUGACGGAGUAUAUGUUUGAUGUAAUUUGGGUUACGUGGGCGAGUUUGGUGGCAGUGGUAGUUUUUGGGAAUUGGGGAUGGCUGGUGUGGGGGGUGGUGCCGGUCUUUGGGGUGUGGAAGGGGUGGGGGUUACUGGGGAUGGCGAGGGGAAUGAUGGGUGGUGGACAGGGGGGACAAGGGCAGGCGUCAGAGGAGCAGAUGGCUUCUGGGCAGGGGAAUAGGAGGCAGAGAAGGGCUGCGUGA